UAGAAACUCAAUCCGUCUUAAUGUGGCUAAGAUCUCUAAAAAAAAUAGUUUCAGUUAUGUAUAAUGCGAGUGUUAAUACUAAAAGCGCAGUUGAAUACCAAACAAUUUCUUCGACACAAAACCAUUUAGCAGAGGAUCUAUCAGAGCGCUUGCACAAAUACAUAUCAAAGGAUCAACUUGAGAAACUGCACGCAGCCUUUCUUAACACUCCCGAACGGCAAGUCGGGAUCGAAGACUUGCGAAUCAUGCUGGAAGAUCUAGAUGUCAUGUCUAACGACUCGAUGUAUACCCGACUCUUUUUAAAGAUCAAUCAGAAUCGAGAUUUUAAGGUGGACUGGAACGAGUUUGUUUCCUAUCUAAUUUAUGGAUUUCAUGAGGAGGAUCCCAGUAGCCAAAAGGAGUCUCUUGUUUACCCAUUCAUGGUGAGGAAAUCAGAACAUAGGUCGGCUAUAUGUUGUUUGGCGCUGCUCAAGAGCAAAUCGGAUCAAGUACCCAUUGACAAGAUGACAGAGACAGUUAACUUCUCUUUUGGCGGUGAAGAUUCUCCAGAAGCUUCCGGCAUGUGGGUCACAGCCAGCCACGAAGGCAUGAUGCGAUUCUGGACAUCGCAUAUGGAACCUAAAACUAGGUCAGAAUAGUGCUCAAAAGUAGUAGUAAAGUAAACGCAAAGCAAAAUGCGUAUAUAAAAGUAAACGCAAAUCUAAAUGUAAUCACAAAAGUAAAAGCAAUCCCAGUUGUUUACGCAAAUAAAAAUGUAGUAAAUUUGAAAUCGCCAAGUAAACACAUAAAACCUAAU